UCUAAGAAGGAAAACAUUGCACCAAUCAACGUUUUACCAAUGAAUUAUAGAGAAUUAGAAGCAAGUCUUGCCAGGGAGCAGGCAAAGAAUAGAACACUUUCUGAACAAUUGUUGGAAGCAAAGUCCCAACUUCUUGGUGCUAAAGGUGAAAUGUUGUCUCUGGUCACUGAUUCUGAAUCAGCAUUAAUCACAUCACCUCGAACUAAGAUUGCUUUGCAAGAAAUUGUUCAAAGUCCUUCAUCAAGAAAUGCAGAAUUUCAAAGGCAACCUUCUAAAUUGAGAAUGCUUCACAAUAUACCACACAGAUUUGAGCACAAAUUGUGUAAACGUUCCGCACGCUGUCCAGCCUGUCCUGGACCAUUGCCAUUCGGUCGACAAGUUUCGCAACUUGUGGCUUGCCAAACACAUUUGCUAAACAUUUCGGUGAAACCCUGA